CCCCUGGUCAUUGACCUGACUGAGACGCCAUCGCCACCACCACCACCACCAUCGAACCAUAUCGCAAUCGCAAAUGGAAACGGAAUCGAACAACAGCAUCUUCCUCCCCUCCAGACGCAGUACCGACAGCAUGACCCUCCUCAGGAUGAAGGGCCGCCAGCCAAGAGGAGGCGCGUCGACCUUGGCUGGGCUGGGAAACAGGUCUCUCCCUACGUGAGCCGAGCUCUGAGAGACCUCCCGGCUUCCGAGUAUAUAAUUGAUGAAAUUGCGAUAAGAGCUGUUUCCAUGUUUGCAAAGGAUCCGCUGUUUGUCUCCCGAUUAGACGAAAGUAACGACUACAAACUGCCUGUCGACGAUGAGUGGACUGCUGCAAAGGCUACAACGAUUAUUCAAGAGCUAUCUCAGAGACCUGAAUACCGUGUUGUCCCUGUAAAAGCGCCAGCUACAAUCGACUAUGAGAUAGCCUUACCGAAGGAGCAGCCUCUUGCCAAUUACGAACAGAGUCCGUCAGAAAUAAAAAAGGCGGAUGCUACACAGUUGGGAAUCUCAACUCUCAAAAGAUGUGAGAAUACUUCGAGUACAAGACAUGGGAGCCGGUGGAAGCCGCCUGCCAAGUGCGGCGCAUCCUCAAAUGCAUGGUUCGGCCUCGAACACCGGCCCUACCAAUCAGCAUCAGACCGCGAACUUAUUGCCAAAGGUACUGGCCGCUUAUACCGCGAGCUUAAAGAGGAGCUGAAUUGCCCAGUUGUUUACCACGUAGAUUUCACAUCUGAUGAAAUCCGACAAAUCGUGGCAUGCUUCUCAAUGUAUCUCCCCGUGGAUUAUCCAGCAACCCCUGAAUAUUUGGCGCGGCUCUGCCUUCAAUUCAAUGUUCCGUCAAUUGUUAAUGCCAGUUUGCCUUACCGGACAGUUGAAGAUGUACGCAAUUAUUGCUCGGAUCUACUUGCAGGCACAGCGGUACCGCCAAGCCGAGCUCAGAUCCUGAGUCUCGAUCCUAGAGCGCAUGGAUUCCGCCCACAACAGGAGAAGAGACGUGCCAGUCGGGUAGCAUCCUUGCUUCUAGCUCGUGAAAUGGAAGGAAACCGAGGAUUUAGUAAAAUGCGGCAAUAUGAAAACUUUCAAAAUGAGUUUAGCAAGGCUCACGAAGAUAGCUUGGUCUUGGUUGCGGAGUAUACAAACUGUGCCGGAGACAUUGCGACGACAACUUGGAUCCCGGAUAACAACGUUUUGUGCGGCACGACUGUACACUCGGAUAGCCAUAAUCAGCAGUAUAAUAAGCCUGGAAAUCUACUUCUUUGCUCGACAAAGCUGGGGCAGCUCAAGGCAUUUCCUGAUCACCGAAUCCCACGGCCCCUCGUCGAAAAGGGAGAAAACUCGACGACAGCCAUGCGCCAAAGCCAGGAUCCAUGGCUGUACUCGUCAGUUGUAUGCUCUGACUACGACAGCGUGCUUGGUUUAGCAUAUACGUCUAGUUUCGACAAAACUGUCAAGGUGUGGAAGGUUGACAAGUCCGGUAGCACCAUGACUGCGUUGGCCACCUGGUGCUUUGGCGGCAACGUAAAUUUUGUCGCCGCGGCCAAGGACGGCUCUGGGCGAGUUGCUACUGCGGCUGAUGUCCCCACAGAGGCCAUUCGGAUAUACACAGUCAACAUGAACGACAUUGCGAAUAGCUCCUAUGUCUCCUUUUCAUGUACUCGAACCGACGCCGACGGCUCUGACAAAUGGGCGUAUUACCCUGCAACAAUGCAGUGGGGUCGUGAUCCGAAAAGCCAGCAUCUACUGGCCGUUGGAUACUCUCCUCGUAGCUUCUCCGGGGAAGACCACGAUAUUCCUGAAGAUAAGCAUAGCUCGGGAGAGAUUACUGUUUGGAACGCAGCACUGAACCAACGAGUUCCUAUGACAACUGCCACAACUGCCAAUUUCUUCGAAGUGGCCUGGCACCCAACAUUACCGAGAUUCAUUGCUGCAACCUCCCCUUCUCAGUUGAAGGUAACACCCGGGGUGCGAACUCAGAUCCAUUUAUUUGGAAUGCAAGAGGGCCCUUUUUCCAAGCAAGAUGGUCUCGUUUCCAAGCAAGAAGGCGGAAAAGAGGGGGGAUUUUCCGAAUACCAUAACCUUGACUGUUUUGCGUCAGAUAUCAAUGAGCUGACCUUUAUGCCAAACUCAUUCAAGCAUGCGUAUGUGACGGCAGGGUGUACAGACGGCAAGGUGUAUGUAUGGGACACGGCGCAAGGAGACAAGCCCGUGCAUAUUUUACAGCAUGGGCGACCUCUGGACGAAUACUACCAUGACCGGGAGAAAGAAGACACUGGAGUCAAAUUUACAGCUUGGGGGAACAACCUAGAUCGAUUCUACACAGGCGCCAGCGAUGGGACCGUUAUGGUGUGGAAUUUGCGCAGGAAACACAAGCCAUAUGUACGAACCAUAUUGGAAGCACCUGGGCCCGUUUCCUGCGGUGCGUUUUCUCCCGAUUUCCGGAAAAUGGUCGUUGGAGAUGCGACUGGCCGGGUGUUUCUGUUUUCUAUAGACAAGGAAGACGAGCCAGAGGCACACUUCAUAACGCUCCCAGGCGUGGACCGGCCACUUCGACGACCAACCCCCUUUAUACCACAUCCAGAACCAGAACCUCCAUACCGAGAUCCAGACCACCCAAACAAUAUUAAUGAUGACGAUGACAUGCAUAUCGCCGACCUGGUGCAGCGAACCUAUCUCGACACGAAGCAGAUUGUCAUCAAUCCUAAUCCUACUAUUGGCGCCGUACAAGGGCCAGAAUAUGCCUCAACGGGUCUCUUCCGGCGAGAAGCACACCUGAAUGAAGACCCCGCAGGCCAUUUACUCAGCUAUUUCGAGAGAAACCAGAGACAGAGCAUCGAAGCAAGUCGUGGCCAGUUCGGCCGCUCUGUGCGGAAGCUUCGAGACCCCGGAGAACCAGAUGCCCGACUGCGAUGCUUGCACGUUGUAAACACGGCGCGAGAUCUGGAUAUAGAACACCUGGCGGAAGGCGACCGGGAAGAUCUUGUUCGAUCCAGGGCGGAGCUGGUGCUUAACGAGGUGGACUGUGGAUUUGUCUAUGAGGAAUUGCCAGGGGAGGCGGAUGA